GCGUGGGGAGCUGCUGAGACUCAUCAAGCUGGUCACGCAUAAAAAGACACCUUUAGUGACUUUCAGAAAUUACUGCAACCAUCUCUAUCUACAGAGUAAAAACUACUUCAAAAUGGGAAACUACCCUUCGGAAUAUCAUGGAUGCAAAUGCUACAAAUGCAACACGUCGUUGCCACCAUGUAAAACAUGGGAUGAUUUAAGCAAAAAUACUUGUGAUGGCCGCCGUGUCUAUGAAUAUAACAAAGGUCAGUACUACAGAGAAGUUGGACGUGACGGACGCUAUGAAUGUCCAGACUGCUUCUGGAAACCUACGAGGGAAAGAGAAUUAGCAGAGAAGAGGAGACAGGAGGAGAGGAAGAGGCAGGAAGAAGAAAGGAAGAGACAGGAGGAGAGGAAGAGACAGGAAGAAGAAAGGAAGAGACAGGAGGAGAGGAAGAGACAGGAGGAGAGGAAGAGACAGGAAGAAGAAAGGAAGAGACAGGAGGAGAGGAAGAGACAGGAAGAAGAAAGGAAGAGACAGGAGGAGAGGAAGACACAGGAGGAAAUAAAUGAAAAGCUACAGUCUUUGUUAAAAGAAACAGAAAAGUUUUGUUGCAAACAAAAAGUGGAGAACGACAUCCUUCACCAAAUUGAAGGAGAAACAAAAUCUUUUCAGAUUAGCUUGAAGAAGUUUGAGCAAGAAAGGAGAGAAAAGAAGAGGACUUCCAAAGAAGACUUGCUUGAAAUUCUUUCCACUAAACUGAAUACAGACAUUUCUAGCUUUGAACUCCAGAAACUGUCCUUUGAACAGGUAGACGAAACUGUUCAGCUCUUGAGGGAACUUUUGCUUGAUUGGACCAAAGAAGCUCCAAGCCAGAACAUUUUGGAGCAAGUUCAGGUGUUUAUUAUAGAACUGAUUGUAGGAUCCUGGGCAGUAGAUAAGGACACUUCCCUGAUACUGCAAGUGGCAUCUGAGUUGCAUGAUCUCAUUCAGACAAUUUCAGACUCAGCACAGAGUAUAAACGAAUGCCUUAAUUUGACUCAAGCCUUGUUCAAUUUAUUUCAGUACGAAUUGGAUCCAUUUACAACCCCCAGCAAUGCAGUUAUGUCACACCUUGCUACAAAAUGGUCUAAAGGAGGCAUUCUAAUUAAAGACACAAUCUUGUUGAACUUUUUAGAACCUCUUUUAAAGAACCUCCAAGACUCAAUUGAUGGCAAUUUGUCAACUAAUUCGGAACAGAUUUGUUUUGAGUUACUGAUAAAAAGAGCCACAAUUUACUGGAAACACUGCACUGACAUCACAGAAAAACUAUGUGGACUUGUCCACACCCACCUCUGGUCUCCAUCAAAUGUAAUAGAACUUUUGAGGAUUUUAAAUGAUAAACAGGUGAGCGGAACUUUAAUUCUGAAAAUCCUACAUUUGGUUGAAAUAUACCGUGUUUCUGACAAAUGGAAAGACACAGAGGGAAAAACAUUAACUCAGAUAGUUCAACUUGACACUCCAGAGAUUGCUGUCAAAUAUCUGGAUAGUCUAGGGACUCGGGAUGAUGCAAAAACUCUUGAUGAAGUCCUCAGUGAAAUAAGAGAAGGAAAUUGGAUCGAUGAAAUCAUGGCUAACAAAAUCCGUGAUAUCAUUACACAUGUCCAAGAUAACCUUAAGGAGAAGCCAGCCCUGCCUAAAGGUGUUACAUUGAAGACCUGUAUAAAUGACUAUUUGUCAACUAACAGACACAUCUCCAAUGAACUUCAGGAGUUGCUCGAGCUGCUAAGUAGAUCUUUAUAUGAAGUUAAAGGAUGGUGGCCUCGUGUCACCCAGAUGGUCAGCUGGACUCUCUUGGCAUUGACAGAUUCUGGUAAACUUCUAGAAGUUGCUACGGGAGAGGGGAAGUCAUGUGUUAUCGCAAUGUUUGCAGCUUUCCGUGUUCUGAAGGGGCAGAAAAUAGAUGUGGUGUCCAGCUCCUCAGUUUUAUCUCAGAGAGAUGCAGAGAACUGGAAACAUUUCUACAGUCUCUUUAGCAUCACAGUGGACACAAACACCGACAAAACUGAAGAUGAAAAUCGAUAUCAGUGUUAUCAUUCUGACAUUGUGUACGGGACAGUGGAGGCAUUUGCUGCCGACUACCUCCGUCAAAAUUUUGAGAUGAAGCAGAUAUUUCCUGAACCUCGAUUUCAGUGCAUUAUAAUGGAUGAGGUGGACUCUCUACUGGUGGAUCGAGGUCUUCAGUUCACUUACUUGUCGAGUGACAUGCCUGGCAUGCACCACCUUGGUCCGAUUCUUGCUAUGAUCUGGAGUUCUGUUGGCCAGCACGCUCCAAUUGGAACUAAAACACAAACCUUCCUGAGGGGUCCCCCUUUACCCUUCUACACGGUUCUUUAUGAACGGACUGAUAUUGAAGAUCCCAUGCAGGUUCUAGAGAUAGCUAAACAAAAGGGAUUGCUUCCUCCUGGAUUUACCGAAGACUUAUCUGGGAAUCAGAACACUCUAAAAAACUGCUUAAGCACCAUAAAUCAAGAAACAAUGCUAAAAAUCGUAAGUGCUAUAGAGGAAUACAUUCCAUAUAAAUGUGUGCCAUACACACUGGAUGACAAGGGCAUUCUGAAAAGGUAUUCCGAUAACGAGAGUUUGGAAGAAACUGAUAAAGAAAUCCCAGAUCUCCCUGUUUUAAUUACCGAAUGCGGUUUAUGUUGUGCUCUUUACGAUGCUGAUGAAAACAUCAGUAAUGCUGUAGCAGAGAAAGUAAAGGAGCACAUCCAGUUUACUCCCUGUGAUAUAAAUACAGAUGCUAAACUAUGUGUCCCGGGCUUCCUUAAAAAUCUGGUAGAAAAGAAACUCCAGACAUGGGUGGACAAUGCCUUUGUUGCCAUCCAGCUUCAAGAAGGAAGAGAAUACUUGGUUCAGGGUAAACAGAUCUUGCUUGUAGACUUCAAGGGUACAGGCGUUGUAGAAUCAAACAAGAAAUGGGGUGACGGUCUGCAACAGUUUCUUGAAAUGAAGCACCACACUAAAGUGAGCACCCUCUCCUCCAUCACCAACUUCAUCUCCAGCCUGACAUAUUUCAGCAUGUAUAAUGGACAGAUUUAUGGAACGACAGGCACGCUGGGAACAGAAUCGGACCUGCAGUUCCUACGAAAGCUGUAUCCCAGACUCUCUGUCUGUAGAGUUCCAACAUUCAACAGAAAGAAGCUGUUUGAAGUGCAAGGCCUGAUCAAACCCACAAAAGAGGAAUGGGAAAAUACUGUCUGUUCAGUGGUCCAAAAAAACAUAAACCCAACUUCCUACAGGAAAAGCAGAGCAGUGCUGGUUAUUUGUGAAGAUAUCAACAAGGCUAAAGAUCUCUAUGAACUCAUUAAGGAUCAAGUACAUGGCCAAGUCAGACAGUAUUCUCGUAAUGAUGAACAACAUGGUGAUAUCAGUGACUUUGUUAUGAAACCAGGAGAUGUAAUUAUAGCUACAAAUUUAGCCGGCCGUGGCACUGACAUCAAAGUGUCCAAAGCGGUUACAAGAAACGGUGGCUUGUUUGUUGUUCUCACUUUUCUUUCACAAAAUGCAAGAGUGGAAUUGCAGGCAUUUGGAAGAACAGCUCGCGGAGGGCAACCUGGCUCUGCACAGGUGAUCGUCUGUUCAAGCCACAUCCCUCCUGUUCACCAAUCCGCUGCAAAUAUUGAUGAGCUUAAGGAUUCCCGAGACUAUAUUGCCAAACUGAAGGUUGAACGGAUCAUGGAAGAUGAACUGCCUGAAGUCACUCUGAGAGAGAAACUGUUUAAGAAGUACUGCUGUAUUCUUCACGGAAUGUACAACAAUACAAAUGAAGAAGAUAAAAAAGUGGCAGUAGCCACCAUGAAUGAAUACUGGGGGACAUGGCUGCAGAUUAAAUCUAAAGAGAUUGUGGAACUUAAAGAACAGGAACUCCUGACAAGCCUUGAAAUUGACAUGAAACAGGCUGAAAUUAAAUCACAAAGCAGCGAGUCCCCUUUAUCAAGUAUUUACCACUAUAUUAAAUUUGGUAACAACUUGCUAAGUGCUGGCAAAAUUGAAGAAUGUGCCAAACUCCUUCAAAAAGCCAUGGAUUUAGACUCUACUUGGGCAGCUAUUGCUUUCUAUAAUCAUGCUUACUGCACACUGAAACUAAGAAAAGAAAACUACCUGGAGCAAUCCAUAAAAGAUCUUGAGAAAUCCAGAGAGUCCCUGAAAAUGUUUAAGGAACAGUGUCUGUUAACAGUGUGUCUACUGCAGCUCUCGUCAUCACCUUCCAACACGGAAAACAAAACACAAUUUCAGAAUAACAUGCACAUCAAACUCCAGGUGCUCGAUUUCUUUGAGACAAACAUAUUGAAGUCAAUUGAAAAGCUGCAGAAGAUCAAGGCUGGAAACCGUGAUGCUGUGGCAGUGGAGUCUAGUGUAUUCUCUCUUGGUACAGAGAGAGAUACAGAUGUAAGUGAGGAAUUAUAUGAAUUCUUUAAAAUAGGUCUGCUCAAUGUGUUUUCUGUAGAGGAGAAACCCCGCUUCUGCUGGGAAGGUCUCCUGGUGUUCUUACUGGGAAUAGUAGAAAUUGUAGGAGGGGCACUUCUAAUCGGCCUAACGGGCGGCACGCUUUUUAAUUUUGGCAUGACACUAGUUAGUGAAGGGAUAUCUGACUGCAUAGAUGGGAUAACAUCUAUGGUCACUGGAGAAUUCAGUUGGACAUCUUGGUCAAUUUCCAAAGCCAUCUCCAUUGGAGUGUCAUUGAUUGGCAGUGGAAUUGGGAAGCUUAUGAAGAAAGGUUUCAAAGGUUGUAAAACGGCAAUAAAAGGAUUUGUAAAAGAUUUGAAAGGGUUACCAAAAAUGCUAAGUAGAGAAGUGAGGGGUGGAUAUACUACAGUGAUGAAAGAAAACAUGAAAAAUGCUUUUAAAUAUGCAGGCAAAGAGAUGGUGCAGCAAACAGUUAUGUAUGGAAUAGGAAAAGCAGAAGAGGCUGUUCUGAAUGCCAUUCUAAAAACAAUAGAGACAAAGAUUCAAGAAAGCAUGCAAAAAACUAUGAGACAAAAAAUAGAAGAGAAUCCGCUGAGAUGCACAAUUGACCGCUUCGUUCUGUCCCAGUCGAAAUACCCACAACAACUGAAGCUGGUGUUAGACCCCAAGAACUGUAAUUCUUUAAAGCAUGUCUUCAGUACUUUUGUUAAUGCAAUUCUGGGACAUAACUACAGCAGUCUUGGGUGUCAAAAUCAAUGGUUUUCUGCUUUACUUAAUGUUAUAGGAAAAGCUAAAACUGAGGUCCAAGGCAAAAAGCAGAAUAUUCUAUGCAUUAUAGAAGCUACUUAUUUAAGUACACUUUGUAUGGAAGCAAUAGAAACUGUAUCCAGCCUUGUCAGCGACUUUGUCACCAAAUUAAAUGGCGACAUAAAUGACUUCUUGAAAGAAAAGGAAAAGCAAACAUUGAAUGCACAUGAUCUUACUGAGGAAAAUAAACAAAGCCUAAAACAAUUACAUGAUCUUACUGAGGAAAAUAAAGAAAACCUAAAACAAUUACAUGAUCUUACUGAGGAAAAUAAAGAAAGCCUAAAACAAUUACAUGAUCUUACUGAGGAAAAUAAAGAAAGUCUAAAACAAUUUAGGGAAACUCUCGCUGAUUCUAUGUCUAAAGAGCUUGCAGCUCUCUUCAUACAAUCUUUCCAUCAAAUAUUUUCAGGGCAACUUGUAAAAUUAGGUCAAAAUGCAAUUAAUCAAUAUGCAAGCAAGUUCAUAAGAAAACAUCUGAAAACCGACAGCACUAUAGAGAAGUUAAAAGCUGGGUCAGCAUCACUCUACAUAACAUACAUGUCACCUGAAACUGCAUCGGAAGAAAUGCACCCAGCCGAUAAAGCAUAUCUAGAUAAAUACAUUGAAAAGAUUAAACAGCCAGAUACAGAAGGCUCUGUGUUGGAUUUAAAGAUCUUAUCAGAAGCGACAGGCACACAGGUAAUUGUUUUGGAAGUGAACAAGAAUGGGGAGCUCCAGAAAAAGCAUGUUUUUGAACCGAGUUCUACCAGCCCAACCAACACAAUAAGCCUCGUCUACCACCCAGCUAGCAAAGACUACCCGGGAGGGCAUUACGAUGCUUUAAUAAAUAAUGAAAUCUGUGAAGUCAGGAGUGAUGGGAAAAGCUGCAUGUUUCAUGCUUUCGCACAAGCGUUGGAGCCUGAUGCAGAUGACUCUCAGCUCUCUCACAGUGCAAUGUAUCUAAGAGAAUUAGAAGCUACAAUGCUCCGAGAUGGACCGUUUCGGUGGAAUGGUUUCCUAGAGAGAAAAAUGCUGACAGAGAAAAUCAGGGGAGGGGAUUGGUUCAUGUCUGUGGGAGCUGUAAGUUUAUCAGAGCAGAUAGAAAAAUUGGCAAAACAAUACAGACCUAAAGAACUGCAAGCAAUCAUAUCUAGUAAAAUAGGAGAAGUCAACCAGUACAAGGAAAAUAAAAAAACUCUAGCAGGUUUUGGAGCUCUUUUAAAUGCGGAUCACCAGCCUCCUUUAUCCUGUGUACUGGAUGCUUGUAAUGUUGAUGGAAAUACAAUUAGUCAGCUGGCUAAAGCUAUGUUGAAAAUGGCCCUUGGAAACACAGACACAAUUGAAAUGACACUUACAAAUCAAAUCAUGCAGGUAAAAAAAAACAAAGGCUCUGGUCUGCUGACCGUGAUAGUGCCAUAUGAUUUGCACAUGGGAUUCCUAACAACUGGAAGUUCGCAUGUUGCAAAAAAAUUUCGUGGUAGACUAACAGGCUACAUUAAAGAAAAUGAUGUUGUAAAUGUCUUUAAACAUGUCUUCAUUGGUAGCCAAUCCGAGGUUACCCAAAAAAUGAUCAAUUCAUCAUUAACUCCGUUAAAGCCUAAUGUUAUUAAACAGAUAGAUGCAGCUACAGGCACCACUCAAAGUUUUAGGAAGCAACAACACAACACACAACUUAAAACUACAAACAUGAAGCUUCUCCAAAUCUUUCAAGGAAACCUCAACGGAAUCAUGACCAAUGAUCAGUUUCAAGAACUAAAGACUUAUAUUAAUGAAGAGCGUUAUUUGAAUAAAGACGACCCGUAUUACACAGACCUUUUAAAACACAUAGGAUAUACUGGGGAAUAAACGGGUCUUGGCUUCCCUCUAACUUUCCAGGAGUCGAUCAAUGUUAAUGAUACCGAGGAGCAAAGCAUAAAUUUUAGAGAGGUUUGUGAAUGGGAAAUUACUGUGCAUGUAAGGUGUAUGAUAUAUACAUCAGACACACUGAAACAACAAUGAAAACACCUACACUUAUCACACCAAGUAGGAAAGAUGCUGAAAUUAAGAAAUCAAGUUGCAUGAAAUAAUUUUAAUUUCCAUAUCUGAUGUUGAUAGACUAAAGCAUGCCUUUGUUUCCUCAAUGAAUUAUUGCAAAGCACUUUUCUCUGGUAUCACAGAACAUGUGGAGUCUCGCUUACAGCUCGUUAACAACACUGCUGCUGGAAUUGCUACUAAAGUCAGAAAAAGUUAAGAUAUUACUCCUGUUGUGGCCUCUUUACACUGCCUCCCUGUGCAGUACAGAAUUCAUUUACAGAUUUUGCUUUUAAUGUGCAAGACCCUUAGAUUAGCACCCAGUUACUUCCAGGAGUUAAUGACCCCAUUUACUUCAGACAGCACUCCUAGAUCACAGAAUGUGGGGCUGCUGGUUAUUCCAGGGCAAAUAAAAAUAACACAGGAGGGAGGAAGGGCAUUUUCUUGUAGAGCUCCUAAAUGCUGUAAUGCUUUCAUUGGUUGACAGGGAAGCUGGGACUUUUACUGUCUAAGUUGAGAUUCCAUUUUUAUUUAUUUUUUUACAUAUUUUCUUACUGUUACUUAACUCUGUGGACCAACUGUGGGCAGUUUUGUGUGUGACAUGCCUUGGGACCCUUAUACAAAUAUAUUGUGAUUAUUACAUUUUUUGUAUAUAAGCAUCUUUAUAGUCCUUGACAUUGAUUGUGGCGAAACCUCCCAAAAAACACUGGCAGACUGCCAUCAAAACAUUUGAACAAAUCAAUCCAAGCCCUGCUUAACAAAAAAACCCUAUUUCUAAAUAAGACUGACCAUAAUCAGAACCAGUGCUAUCCAUCUAGCAUGUGAGCUCCAAGGAUUCAAGCCUAGCACCCAGCUACACAAAGCAAUUCCAGCAUGGUCGUAACCAGCCUCUCAGAUCACAGGAUGCAGGGCUGCUGGUUAAUCAUUCUGUAAAAAGAAACAACAGCAGAGGAACUGCUUAAAGUUCCUAACCCAUGGCAUGUUCGGCACUCUUCUGUCAGGGACGUUUGGGAUCUUACUGUUCUUAAAUCUAGAUUGAAAAACUUUUUUUUACAAAAUACAACAUUUUUAUAAAUUGUCCCUUUGUCUCGGUCCUUCCAAUUUGGGUUUUAUAAAGUGUUGUACUUGACUCUAAUUGACUGGAUUAAUGGUUUCAUUUUGUGUGAAGCACACUGAGGUCCUUGUUAAAACAUAACCUGACCAGUAGCUUGCUGCAGCUCAGUAGAGAAGGAACUUGCUUUACAUCCCAGAGCUACAACGCUCAAGUCAAGCUCUGAGAAUUGCACUGGUGUGGAGUUGGGAAUCUCCAUUGUUAAUAUUAUCUUUAUAUCUCACAAAUAGCGUUUGCCAUUCCCACUGAUUUCAAUGACAAAGACUUUGUUUAUACCGUGUUACGCAAGCCGUAUACUUUGGGAAAACUCAGCUGUUUUGGAUUUUGUUUUGGAUUUCAAUAACAAACGCACUGCUUUAUACUGUAGGAAUCGCUCUUACUAAUCCACCAAUCAGCUGUUUUCACCUCGUUACCUUGCCAUUCACAUAGAUUUCAAUACAAAAGGCAGCACUUUACUGUAGUAAAAGCUUGACAGAUCAAUCAAUCAGCUGUUUGCACCCCUGUACUGUACCUUGGCUAUUUAACCCCUGUAGCAGUGUCAGGUUUAUUUACAGUUUGAAAAAAAAGCACUGACUGCAACAGCAAGCAAGCAUGGCUGGAAAGACAACAUUGAUGAACAUCAGCACGAAAAUCCAGUGUAAAUAAAAUGUCUCUGUUAGAUGCCCUUAAGCUUGCUUGGAACUCUGUCAGUCAUCAACUGCUGGAGACAAUGUGGAAAUGGACCUGAUUAUGGACUGGGGAAGGGGAUGGGAAUGCUCUGUAAAUUAAUGUGUGUUUGUAAACUGUGUUACUCUUCUUCAGAUCUGUUAACGUUCUCUCUGUGUUCUGCUGCUUGUAUGAUUUCGAGCUGAAAGACUGCUUGUGUGUGAGUGCGUCACUGAGGGGGGUGGGAGCAGGUCUGACAUGACCAGUCAGAGAUAGGGAGUGUUGGACCAAUCCGUGAGGAAGGGGGAGGGACUUGGGUGUGUGUGGAGAUGACAAUUUGAAAGAGAGAAGCGGGAUCUGUCACCAGGAGUACUGAGAGUGAAGAGAGUUUGUGAGUGAGAGGAGAGGAAUGAGAGCCAUUGUUCACUAAAAGCUAAAUUAAAUAAUAAAUACAGCGGUUUCCUACUGCUUUGAACCGCAACUGUUGUCUGUCUCAUUACAUCCUGGAAAUCCUGCAAUCCAGUGACUUUUUUACAUCUUAAUUAUUGGAUUUCAUCAGCAAUAAGAUCCAGCAAUA